AUGACAAAGCUUUCAGCAAAGGCGCGAGCACGGCUGGCCACACUGGCCAUCAGCCUAUCCUUCUGGCUGGGAGGUGUGAGCCUUGUGGCCAUCAAAUGUAUUGCCUACUUUAUGUCCGGAAGCGAGUUGAUCAAAGCCUCGGUGUUUGAAUCCCUUGGCGAUGUCAUGAGCAGCGCCAUCUUGGCCGUGACACAGAUGAAAGUCCGGGAUCAGAGUGACAUGCACCUGUACCCCACGGGGAAGAAGCGCUUCACGCCUCUUGGCAUCCUCUUCUUCUCGGCCUUCGCAGUGUCCACCAUGAUCAGCCUCAUCAUCGAGAACGUCGAGAAGCUCUUCGGGACUUCGGAGGAGGAGGAGCGAAGAGAAUUGUUGACACGCCUCUUCGACGAACAGCCCAGGCUGCGCCAGCACCUGGCAUCCUCACAGUUGGAGGAGAUGAUCGAGAGCUAUGUGGAGGAGGAGGCCGCUGCUGAAGCCGCGCCCCACUCACUGGUCGUACUCCUCUUUAUCUGCAUUGUCAUCAAGGCCUUCCUCCUGAUGUUCUGCCUCUACGUUGCGAGGCAGGCAGAUUCGGAGAUCGCGCGGACGGUAUCCUUGGACCACCGAAACGAUAUCCUGGGGAAUGGGCUGGUUCUCCUGAUCGUGGCCGGAAGUGGCUGGUGCAGAAGUACCGGACGGGGUGGUGACUGGCUUGACAAGGUGGACCCAGCCUCAUCGAUGCUCUUGGCCCUCUACGUCCUCAUCUGCUGGCUGCAGACAGCCGCGGAGCAGCUUAGGGUCCUUUCGGAUAAGAGAGCGGAGGACGAGCACACGGAGGCCAUCGUCAAGUUCACACAGGAGCGGCUGGCAAACACCGGCUUCUCCUUAACAAAGGCAUCCACCUUUCAUGUUGGAGAAGGUUAUGCCGUCAUUCUGGACCUGACGGCGCAGGAGAGCGUGACGAUGUCGGCAACGGAGAUUGCGGUCUUCUUGGAGGGCCUCGAGCAAGCCGUCCACAACGCAGACCUGGAGGCCAUGGAAGUCCACGCCAAGCUGCGAACGCUCGACAAGUCCAACAGUUCUGACAACAUGGCCUGGGUGAAUGAGUACAGAUGA